AUGACCCGUGGUCGAAGGGCCUACCUGGGCGAUCCGAUGCUUUAUGCUUUCGAUGAAGGUCCUGAUAAUGGCACAAGCGGCAGGAUCUUCGUGUCGGAUGAGGACUGGAAUAGCCCAAACCUGGCAUGGACGUGGUGCUUAGAUUCGGACACACCGAACGCUUCCAUAGAUGACCAUAUCAGCUCUAACGAGAUUGCGGCCCUAUUGGAGAAAUACUCCCACAGAGAGGUGGAGAAGAGUAUAAUGCCAUUGGAGGCUAUGCGUCGGGUUUGGAAGAACAAGGAAGAAGUCCCAGAGGAUCUCAAACGGAAGAGUGCGUUUCCGGACGACUUUUGGAUCUUGGCCAGGGCAGGUCCACAAUGA